CUACAGGUUGCAUCUAAAAAGGCAAGCCUUCAAGGGAUCCAGACUUGGUCCUGUUCCAAGUCAACGGCGGCAGCCAGCGAGCUCCGGCUUCGAUUAAAGCGGGCGGCGGCGGCCGGUCCGCCGAAGAGCAGCUGCGCGAUACGCACCGGCGGCGACUGGUAAACUUCUAGUUCGCUAUUGCUCCAGUUCUUUGUGCCAGUCAAGUUCGAGUUCGUAAAGCCAUGAUUUUUUUUUUUUUUGAGAGAGAGAGAGCAGCACCUCGCCAUUGCUCGCCCUCUCGCAGGGACGGAUUCAUGGAGGUCGCGAUGGGGUUGCUGUCGAGGCUCAUCCUCAAGGUUGGGGAUCUGCUCGUCGGCGAGUACAAGCUGCAAACGGGGGUGAAGGGGGAGAUCAUGUUCCUCCAAUCUGAGCUCGAGAGCAUGCAGGCAGCCCUCGAGGAGAUAGCCAGUGCUCCUCCGGACCAGCUCGACAAGCAGGACAAGAUCUGGUCCAGCGAGGUGCGGGAGCUCUGCUACGACAUCGAGGACAGCAUCGACACCUUCGUGGUGCGUUGCACGGGCGGCGCGCCGGCAGGGCCGGACGGCAUGAGGGGGUUCAUCGGUAGGAGCCUGGAUCUGCUGACGAGGCUCCGGAUCCGCCGUCAGGUUGCUACCGACAUCAGAGACAUCAAGAGGCGUGUCAUAGAGGCCGGCAAGCGGCACGAGAGCUACAGGAUCGAUGUGGCUAAGCCUGCUGCUGUCGAUCCUCGUUUGUUGGCUCAUUACAAGAAGGCGACAGAGCUUGUUGGGAUUGAUGAGGCUAGAGAUGAGGUGAUCAGCAUUCUGAUGGAAGGGGAUGAUCAGGUGUCCAACCAGCACGGCAAGAUAGUUUCCAUUGUUGGAUUUGGAGGGUUGGGAAAGACGACUCUUGCUAAUGCAGUGUAUGAAAAGCUGAAGGAAAAAUUCGAUUGUUGGGCUUUUGUUUCGGUGUCUCAAACUCCAGACAUGAGGAAAUUUUUCAAGGGAUUGCUCUAUGAACUUGGAAAGAAUGUCAAUGAUGAAACAUUGGAUGAGAGGCAGCUCAUCGAUCAAGUCAGGAAAUUUCUUCAGAUGAAAAGGUAUUGCAUUGUUAUUGAUGACAUAUGGAAUGUCUCAAUUUGGCAUAUGAUUAGAUGUGCUUUGCCCGAUGAUAUUUGUGCAUAUAUAAUUAUCACAACUACCCGUAUUUUCAAGGUAGCUGAACAAGUUGGUGGUGCAUACAAGAUGAGACCCCUCUGUCUUGACAGUUCCAGAAAAUUAUUGUACAGAAGAAUAUUUGGCAAUGAUGAAAAAUACAAAUGUCCUGAUGAGCACCUAGCAGAAGUAUCUGAUAUGAUUUUAAAGAAAUGUGCUGGUGUACCAUUAGUUCUAAUUACAAUAGCUAGUUUGUUGGCUAAUAGAGGAAGAAAUAAAAUGGAGUGGUAUGAGGUGUGCAACUCUAUUGGUACUGGACUGGAGUAUGGUCUAGAUAUAGAGAAUAUGAGAAAGAUUUUAGCGUACAGCUAUUAUGAUCUGCCAUCCCAUCUACGGACUUGCUUACUAUAUUUAAGUGUGUUUCCAGAAGAUUAUGCAGUUACAAAAUUUCGACUGAUAUGGAUGUGGAUAGCUGAAGGUUUUGUACAACAUGAAGUUCAAGGGAAAGGCCUAUAUGAAAUUGGAGAGUGUUAUUUCAAUGAGCUCAUAAACAAAAGUUUGAUCCAACCCGUGUAUGACAGGUAUGAUGCCGUAAUAGAGGCAUGUCGUGUACAUGAUAUGGUUCUUGAUCUUAUCCGUUCCAUUUCAAGUGAAGAAAAUUUUGUUACCAUGUUCAACAAUGAGCACAGCACAUCUCAGGCGAAAAAGGUACGUAGGUUAUUGCUUCAGAGCAACAUGGUAGAUCAUGAUAUUCCUUGGGCUAGUACGAGCAUGCAGCAAGUGAGGUCAAUUGUUGCCUUUUCACUAACUUAUAAUCUAAUGCUCGCCCUUGGGAGCUUCAGAGUUUUGCGUGUACUGGAUUUGGGCAAUUGUUAUCUUCCACAAGAUUGUGAUCUUAAGCAUCUUGGAAAUUUAUUUCACUUGAGGUACUUGGGAUUAGGAAAGACAUCUUGUGCUCAGCUCCCUGAUGAUGUUGGAAACCUGCGAUAUCUACAAACAUUGGAUUUAGUGGGAACUCAUUUUGGUAGUUUGCCAUCAACUGUUGUUCAGCUAAGAAAUUUGAAGUGCCUAUGUAUUGACCAGCAUACUAUAGUGCCAAAUGGGAUUGGAAGACUAACGUCCCUUGAAGACCUCUCAACCUUAUACAUCUGUGACUCCUCGAAUAUUACAGAAGAGCUAUGCCAUCUAACGGAACUCAGGGUGCUAGAAAUUACCUUGUUCCCUGGAAGGAACGACACCUUGGGGAACUCUCUGGUGAUGUCAUUAUGCAAGUUGAAAAAAAUGCAGAGUCUAACUAUCUGGGUCUCUGGUGGUGAAUGCAACUUCGAUGCAUGGGUCGCCCCUCGACAUCUCCGUAGCCUACUACUACAAUGCUGCUGGUUCUCAAGGCUGCCAGAUUGGAUGGCUCCAUCACUGCUGGACCUCACCAUCAUACAGAUCUCUGUGAGGGAGCUGCAUCAGGAUGAUCUCGAAAUUCUCGGGAGGUUGCCAGCUCUCCGUCAUCUGUAUCUGAUGUUGGACCAUGAGAAUCUCAAAAUCUCUCGGAGAUUUGUCAUUGGUACUUCUUCAUUCCCAUGCCUCGUAGGAUGCAGGUUGUUGGGAUUUUUAGGAGCCGUGAUGUUCCAGCGAGGUGCUAUGAUGAUGCUUACAAACCUUGCCUUAACGUUCCAUGCACGGGAAGUGAGAGAAAUUACGAGCAGCGACGGUAGAUUCAACUUGGGCUUGGAGAACCUGAUGUCACUCCAGGAUGUCCUCGUUUACUUCCGAUCCAGAGGAGCCAGCGAGAUGGAAGUGGAGGAGGCAAAGGCUGCACUAAGUCAUGCAUUUGAGGUUCAUCCCAAUCAACUCAACUAUGACAUAUGGGGUUGAAUGUUAUCUAGACCUGGUUAUCUUUUCUUCUUUCUUCUUUUUCGCUGGUUGAUUAGCAUUAAUUUUCCUCUGUUUCUUUCUCACAUUCAGAUUGAUGUUGGUCAGGACAACAUUAAUUUGGGAGGUUGCUAGCUCCCUGCAACCUGUAUUUGAAGGUAGGCCGUAGAAAUCUCAAGAUCCAUAGGGGCUCGUUUAGAUAAAACUAAAUCAUUCCAAUACAUAUGGAUUGUAGUGAAAAAGAACCAACUUUCCCCCAAAUGCCUCCCAGCAGACCUAGGAGAUUCAUCGUCGGAUGCAAAGUUGUUGAGAUUUAUUUUUAGAAAAGGGAUAAAGUUCUGACCUUUUGCAUCAUGCAA